ACACUUGGCAUUUGCACAGAGAAUGGCCUUUCUCAGCACAGCAGAAAAGUCUGGUAGCCAUAAUUAUGGUUCAGGAUAGAGAUGCCCAGGCGCUGGGUGCUCAGUGCCCCCGCCGGGCACCCCACUGCCCGUGCAAGGUCCCCCAUACCCAGGACAGCUUGGGGUUACGGUCAUGGAGCUUCUCGACUUUGACCCAGAGCAGGGUGGGCAGCUCUGACCAAGGCCCAGAGGAGGUUUGGCCUUGAGCUUUCAGGAGACACAACAAGGGGUGGGGGUGCUGCGGGGCGGGAGCACCAGGGGAUAUUAGGAGCCAGGGCCCGCUGAGCCGGGCCACACCAUGGAUCCUGCGGAGCGCACCGUGGUGCUCAUCACGGGCUGCUCCUCGGGCAUCGGCCUGCACCUGGCCGUCCGCCUGGCCUCGGACCCGUCCGGGAGCUUCAAAGGUAUAGGAUGGGGGUCUCCUGGGAGGGCAGGACAGGCCCGGGGCCUCGGAGGGCGCCCCAGAUGCAGAGUGGCCGCCACACGGGCCCCAGGGCAUCUGAUGGCGCCCCGACCACAGUGUACGCUACCAUGCGGGACCUGGCAGCGCAGGGCGCGCUGUGGGAGGCGGCCUGGGCCCGGCGCUGCCCGCCAGCGUCCUUGGAAACGCUGGAGCUGGAUGUGAGGGACUCGGACUCGGUGGCCGCUGCCCGGGCACGCGUGACCGAGGGCCGCGUGGACGUGCUGGUGUGCAACGCGGGCCGCGGGCUGCUCGGGCCGCUGGAGGCGCACGGGCUGGGCGCCGUGGGCUCUGUGCUGGAUGUGAACGUGGUGGGAACCGUGCGGACGGUCCAGGCCUUCCUGCCGGACAUGAAGCGGCGCGGCUCGGGACGUGUGCUGGUGACUGGGAGCGUGGGCGGCCUGAUGGGACUGCCCUUCAACGCGGUCUACUGCGCCAGCAAGUUCGCGCUCGAGGGUCUGUGCGAGAGCCUGGCGGUCCUGCUGCUGCCCUUCGGGAUCCACGUGAGCCUCAUCGAGUGCGGCCCGGUGCACACUGCCUUCUACGAGAAGCUGGAGGGCGGCCCGGGAGGGGCGCUGGGCUGCGCUGACGCCCGCACACGCCAGCUCUUCUCUCUCUACCAGCGUCACUACGAGCGGGUGGCGCGCGACGCGCAGGACCCCGAGGAGGUGGCGGAGGUCUUCGUGGCCGCGCUGCGCUCGCCGCAGCCUGCUCUGCGCUACUUCUGCACCGAGCGCUUUCUGCCCCUCGUGCGCCUGCGCCUCGACGACCCGAGCGGCCGCAGCUACGUGGCCGCCAUGCAUCGCACGGUGUUCGCCGCUGACCCAGGAGCCGCGGAGUCUGGGGCCUCCGAGCCAGGCGCUGCCCCGGGGGAAGGCUGUCCGCACCUCUGAUCUGUCUCCACACCGACCCGGUUCCCAGGCUGCAGCGCGGCCUUAGAUAAUAAAGCCGCGGAUACCGGUCAUCGUUGCAGUCCUGUGUGUGCUUACUGGGACCCUCCCCUGCCGGCCAUGGCUGUAGCGGAGGAACGGGUGCAGC